AAUCGAUUUUAAUUUCUCCACAACACUCUUGACCACUAAUUUAAAUGAACGCUCGUUAGUAAGUGGUACUAAAAAACGCAAAAAACCUUUCUAAAAUAAUAUUGUCCAUGGAUGAAAUCAAUUACUCCCAUAUUAAUGGUGAGUUUCAUAAUUUUCAUCGAGGUGAUUUGCUGGAUCAAAUCAUUUCUCUGAUCAAUUUUAGUUUAUUUUUGACACUUCCAUAGAUUUUAAGCACAAUUAACGAGUUGAUCGGUUAAUCAAAGUUUUAUGGAAUCCGUCCUUGAUCUGCUACAACUGCAAAAGGAGCAUGUGACAAGUUGAAGAGAGCUUUCAAGGGCCAAGGAGUGUGGGAUUUUUAGGAUCACUUAUUAACACAAAAUUGGACGACUGUGAAUAAGUAUCGUCCAAUGAUUAUGGGAUUGGAAAGCAGUGAAACAAAAAUAAGUGGAGACUCUAUUUAAGUCAAACUGUAGCAAGAUGUAAAGUGUACUCUAUUUGUUAUUCCACAAGAAUAGCAAUAUUCUUCGAUAGAAUGUUAACUCAAAGUUUAAUAUUUUCCUCCAGGAACUCCUUGGCUUCUUUGAGAAUUGUCACAGCUUGUGCUGGUUAUGAGAACAUCUUGUGUUCGCUUCAAUCAAAGCCUCCAUAAUCCUACGAUUUCUCUAAAAUAUGAACUCCGCCCCUUAUAUGCAACCUGGCUGGUACCAUGUUGUAGGAAAAAUGUCAAUAUUUCCCGAAGAGCACGCUCAUCAGUCACCAAUUCAUCGAUCAGAAUUUACCAGCCUUGGAUUCACGAUGUCGCGACUUGUACGCUUCCUUUGUCAAUCGCAUGUUGAAAACAAUUCUCACAUAGGUAUUUUGAAUAUCUUACUUCGCAUUCUAGAUUUGUGCAUACUGGCUGAAUCUUGUUUCCUCAAGUGCGACAAUCUUCUAAAAUGGAAAAGUGGCAAGGAAAAGUUGCUAUUGUUACUGGUGCCAGUGCUGGUAUUGGUGCUGCUAUUGCAAAGGCUUUGGUCCAGAAGGGAGUUGUGGUUGCAGGUCUCGCAAGACGCAUAGACCGCAUCGAAGAGCUAUCGAGGACGCUUUCCAUGGAAGAAGCACCUGGAAAACUAUACGGAUUAAAAUGUGACAUCACCAAAGAAGAAGACAUUAUUAAAUCCUUCAAAUGGAUCACAGACAACGUCGGCCCUGUUCAUAUUCUAGUUAACAACGCUGGUCUUAUCAAACCCACUAAUUUAACAGAAGGCGCUACUGAGGAAUGGCGUAAAGUCUUCGACGUUAAUGUCAUGGCUCUCUGUAUUUGCACGAGAGAAGCCUUGAAAAUAAUGAGGAAAAACAAAAUCGAUGGUCAUAUUAUCCACAUAAAUAACAUAGGAGCUCAUGUCAUACCUUGUAUUCCUAGAGAAGAGUCCUUGAUGAAUGUAUAUCCUGCAUCCAAGUUUGCCGUAACAGCUCUAACCGAAUCUUUGAGACAAGAAUUGAAAAUUCUCAAGAGUAGGACCAAAGUAACGAGUAUAAGUCCAGGAAUUGUCGUAACAUCCGAGUUUCAAAAGAACUUAGGCAGUGCUGCAAGUCUCUAUUAUAAAGAUGGACCUAAAAUACAGCCCAUUGAUGUCGCUGAAGCUGUUAUUUAUUCCCUUUCAACUAAUCCUAACGUUCAGGUGCAAGACCUUAUAAUUCGACCUCUUGGUGACGCAACUUCGUAAGAUGUUGAAUUUUGUAUAGAAACACAUAUAGAUUCUCAUUUCAAUAGAUUUUUCCAAUAAA